AUGGAUACUCCAAAAGCCAACAACAAGGCUUUCCCUCUGGAUUCUUCUCCCCUUGAUCCCGAUGGCGACAAGGAGUGUAGCGAUGCUCAAACGGCUGCCAAGAAACUUGACGAUCUAAUUGAAGGGCAGCGGAAGAAUUCGGCUGGCAAGAGAUUGGAACGUCAACAGUCCCGUCGCAUCUCUUCCUUUCCGUCUCAUCGAAGCUUGAACGACGCCUCUCCUAUAAUGACAUUUCGCAAGCUAUCCCCUUCUCUCUACUAUGGAAACGUAAAGAAUCCUCCUUCCGACGAUUCUAACCAAGCUCCUCCGUCUGGAAAGAAGGAUCAUUCUGACAAACGUGAACCUACCAGAAUGAGCACGACUUCGAAAAAAUUGCAACUUGAUUUGGAGGCAAAGGCUCGUGCUCGUGGUCUCAGAUCUUCUCCUUCAGUUCGAAAUAUUGGAGCCUCGUCUCCAUCGGUUCUCACCGCAGGAGCUAAAAAGGCCCCGCCACCUCAGCCUGGAGUGAACCAUAACCAGACUUCGUUGUCUGGUCCCGGCCGUAAACUGUCGUUUGGUGAAAGCCAGCCUUCUAGGAUUCCACAUUUCGUACCAAGUCGAUUGCAAAGCUCAAAGGUCGAACUCGAGAUGGGAGAACUGAAUAGCUCCUCUCACGAUGGAGUAGCAGCCUCAAGAGGGAAACAUAUUGAUUCGAAGCGCCCAGGUCUGGUAAGUCAAUCUAACAGCGUUAGGAGACUUCCAGCACCGUCUUUUCGCCGCAACACUUUUGCGAGGGCAUCUUCCAUGACCGCCAUUCGCCAUUCGGCAACGUCGAACUCAGUGGAUUUAGAUCAAUUGAUUGCCUACAAGACGGGUAUUCCUUUAGAAAACCUCAACGAAGAAGAAAGUGCCGACAAGAAGCCCGCAGCAGAACCGUCUGCUUCCAGUCGAGCGAAAGAUUUCAAUGAUGAUGAUAAUGCUUCAAGUUUGCCCAGUCCCCAGGCUUCGUAUUCAGCUGCACCUCCUCGUCCUUUGAUGACAUCCGUGUCAGGCAUGACAAACAAUCGCGACCUGGACGAACUCAUUGCCUACAAGACUGGCAUUCCUCUACAAUGUAGCACUGGGAAAGAAACUGGAGAAGAAGUGGCGCCAGCUGUAGAAAAGGACAAAGUGGUCAAGUAUGGGAAUUUUCCAAACCAAAUGACCAAGCGGCCUGCUGACCCUGAGGGAAUCGGUAGUCUUGGCGGUACUGACGCGGAGUGGGCCGAAGACGAAGAUUUGGCCAUUGCGAUUGAAGUUCAAGAAGAUAUCGAUGAGGAUGCUUUCAUUCCAUCCGCAAUCCAAUACGGCCCCGAUGCCAAGAUGCCCAUCUAUAAGAACUGCCGCUUCAGAUUUUACUGCGCACUUCUCUUUGGCAUUGCGGCGGUAGCCAUGAUUGCCGGUGUUAUUUCCUUUGUUCAGUCUCAGCGAGAUCCUAUUUCUGAUGAAGAAAGUCCAAGUGAGCCCACCGAAGCACAAUCCAUCAAGUCCAUCAUCGAAUUGAUUGUCGGCAGAGAAAAGUUGGAAGACCGUGAUACUCCCUAUUAUGCUGCCUUGGACUGGAUCGCCAACAUUGACAAAUCGAAGGUGGGAGUUGAAGACAGGCUUCGCCUUAUUCAACGAUACGUUUUGGCCUUGUUUCAUUUUCAAACCUCCAAUUGGUAUUCCUGUGGUGCAGCAAACAAUACCGUUGUCGAUGGCGAAGAUGGAUGUCUUUACCAAGAGCUGGUAUCUUAUUUUCCACACAGGUACAGAUCGUUGCCCUCCUAUCGCUGGUUGUCGAGCAGGCAUGAAUGCGAAUGGGCGGGCGUUCGGUGCGGUGACAGUGAUUAUGUGACCAAUGUCAUUCUAGUAGGUCAGAAAAUUCGUGGGAAUCUUCCAAAGGAGUUCACAGAGCUUGAAGGUCUUGAUGCCCUCGCACUGCAAUGGAACGAUCUCACUGGUACCAUUCCAGAAGAGUAUGGAAAAAUGAAACGGCUUGGAAGCUUCCAAGUUCAUUACAACCAGCUGACGGGGACCUUGCCCAAGAGUUUCUUUGUUGGAAUGAGGAACCUCUUUUUGGUCAACGUUGGUCAGAACUUUCUCACGGGAACAAUCCCUCUAUCCUUCAAGAAUAUGGUGGGUUUGCGAGGACUGUACCUCUUUAACAAUCUUUUCCGAGGGGAGAUACCGAGUGAAAUCGGGGAGUUGUCGCUCUUGAAUUUUAUCCAUCUUGAUAAGAACUUUCUGACUGGAACCUUGCCUACAACGCUCGGUCGGCUCAAUCUCGAAGAGCUGUUCAUUUCUCGACAGGAUAUUUCUGGGCCGAUUCCAUCCGAACUCGGCAACAUACAUCGCAUCAAUGCUAUUGAUUUUCAUUCAACCUCGUUGAAUGGGACACUUCCAGAAGAGCUCUACAACAUGACGGAUUUGCAAAUAUUAGAUCUUCAUGAUACAAAGCUUAGUGGCACCUUAAGUUCCAAGAUCGGCAGGUUGACGGAUCUUCGUGCAUUGCGUAUCAAUGACAGCCGUCUCAGCAGUUCGAUUCCGACUGAACUUGGAAAUCUCUCUAGGCUCAGUGAGCUCUGGAUGAAUGGGAACUAUUUUGAUUGUGCUGUGCCUUCAGAAGUGUGCAGUCUGAAAGAGCUUGAGAGUUUGAAAGUAGUGACUGCCGACUGUCUUCCCAUGGAUGAAAGUGGAAUUGCACAGGUUUCUUGUGACUGUUGUGACACUUGCUGCAACCCGGAAUCCAAGGCUUGCAAACUAGUUGGUGAAUGA